AUGCUGUCCAUGGGCUUCACGUCGUCUUCUGACUGCAUGUCGACCACCGCAUUGCUGAUCUUUCGAGGUCUUGGGGCGGGUCUGGCCUGGACAAUCAGCGUGGACGGCUACGCAUUAGCCAGCAUGACAGACGAUCAGUGGAAGCAGCGCAUAGCGAAGCGGCCAGGAUCAAGUAUUGCGCGUGAAGCGGCGAAGUCACUCGCACGUCUCAGUUUGCGCAACAUGCUCGGCUUUGCCAGCUUCCUGGGCAUCUUUGGCGGCAUGAGCUGCGCAAUGGAGAAGGUACGAGGCAAGAAAGACCCACUGAACCCGUUCGUAGGUGGCUUCACAGCCGGUAUGGUGAUUCUGCCGGGAGAGCUGCGCAACCCUCGCACGCUCGUGACGGCGGCGUUUCUUUGCGGCUCAGCUUCGAUGGCGCUACACCACUUCGUACCAAGGGAAACAACAAAAACCACUGUUUCGCAGUGA